AUCUAAGCAUUGGUAUCACUUUCAAAAUUUACUUGGAAGAUUUGUGUCUAUCUCUGCAAUUAUGACUGAUAAAGUACAAAAACCUAAGAAGGCUGCGGCAAAGAAGCCGUCAUCUCACCCUCCUUACAGUGAAAUGAUUGCUGCCGCAAUCUCUGCACUAAAGGAGAGGAAUGGAUCGUCUCGCCAGGCCAUCGCCAAGUACAUCCAGGCUAACUACAGUGUCGACACCAAUAUGAAUGUCCACCUCAAGAUGGCUUUGAAGCGCGGUGUUGAGAGCGGCAAACUAGCCCAGCCUAAAGGUACAGGAGCUAGUGGAUCCUUCAAGCUGAACCAGGCUGCAGCCAAGGCUGACGCAGCUGCUAAGGCAAAGAAAGAAAAGGCUAAGAAGAAGGCAGCAGCAGACAAAGAAAAGAAAGCAGCCAAGAAGGCGACCAAAAAGGCUAAGAAACCAGCUGCUAAAAAGUCAACCAAAAAGGCUACCAAGACAAAGUCGCCCAAGAAGGAAAAGAAAUCGAAAUCACAAAAGAAGGCAAAGUCACCGAAGAAGACCAAGUCGGCUAAGCCCAAAAAGCCGAAAACCAAAAAGAAGUCGGCCAAGUCUCCAAAGAAGUCCAAGAAGUAAACUGUCAUCGUCGUAUCUAUUCAAACCAAACGGCUCUUUUCAGAGCCAU